CGCUCCAAUUCAAACCGGGCCCAUAACCCCGCCCUCGCCCCUUUUUUCCUUUCCAAACGAACUCGCUCAGAGCAGAAUUCAAAAAGAGAGUAGCAGCAGCAGCAGCAAGCAGUAAGCAAGAACCGAAACGACGGCGUAGUAGCAAGAAAACACAAAAAACACAGAAAACGACAAUGUCGCAUUUCUGGAAGCCCGGCACCGAGAAGCCUCGCAUGGUCGACGACGAAGAAGGUGGAGUUCUGUUCCUGUCCACCGCUGCCUCUUCCUCUUCCUCUUCGGGAUUCGGCUAUGGAAGCAUGGAAAAGCAGAGGCAGAGGCUUCCCGUGUAUAAAUACCGCACCGCGAUUCUGUAUUUGGUUGAAACUCACGCCACUUCUGUUAUCGUUGGCGAGACUGUUAGUGGCAAAACCACUCAGAUUCCUCAGUACCUUAAAGAAGCAGGUUGGGCUGAUGGUGGGCGUGUUAUUGCUUGCACUCAACCUAGGCGUUUGGCUGUCCAGUCAGUUGCUGCAAGGGUGGCUGAAGAGAUGGGGGUCAAGCUUGGAGAGGAAGUUGGCUACACUAUUCGAUUUGAAGAUCUUACAAAUACAAAUACAACCAUGAUAAAGUUUCUUACGGAUGGGGUGUUACUGAGGGAAAUGAUGGAUGAUCCUCUUUUGACCAAGUAUAGUGUCAUAAUGGUUGAUGAGGCUCAUGAAAGGUCCAUUUCAACUGACAUAUUACUUGGUCUACUAAAAAAGAUUCAACGCCGUCGACCUGAGCUGCGCCUGAUUAUUUCCUCUGCUACAAUUGAAGCAAAAUCAAUGUCUGCUUUCUUCCAAGCCAGCAAAAGGCGUCGAGGAUUAGAAGGUGAGGAGCUUAGACCAAGGAUGGAACCUGCGAUCCUAUCAGUUGAGGGUAGAGGGUUUAAUGUACAAAUUCAUUUUGCUGAGGAGCCUGUUUCGGACUAUGUUCAGGGUGUUGUUUCAACGGUAUUAUCAAUUCAUAAUCAGGAACCCAUGGGUGAUAUUCUGGUAUUUCUUACUGGUCAAGAUGAUAUUGAUACUGCUGUCAAGUUGCUUAAUGAGGAAGCUCAAAGCAAUGGAAAGAAAUCUUCAGGAUUAAUUGUUUUGCCUUUGUACUCGGGACUCUCACGUGCAGAGCAGGAGUUGAUUUUUACUCCAACUCCUAGAGGGAAAAGGAAAGUAGUGAUAUCAACAAAUAUAGCAGAGACAUCGUUAACUUUGGAGGGAAUUGUGUAUGUUGUUGAUAGUGGGUUCUCAAAACAGCGAUUCUACAAUCCGAUUUCAGAUAUUGAGAAUCUGGUAGUGGCACCUAUAUCCAAGGCAUCUGCUAGACAAAGGGCGGGUAGAGCUGGACGAGUUCGACCUGGGAAGUGUUACAGGUACCUAUCUUCAAGGCAAUAUUUUACCUUGUUAUGCUUCAGUUUUGCAGUUAGGAAUUCCUAA